GUACGUUUACAUAUAUGUGUAUUAAAACUGAUCCCCAAUCCGCAAUCGAUACUUUGUGAGACCAAGGGAGUCUGUACGUUCAGAGAAAAAAAGGCCGUGUAGCUCCAACGUAACUAUGACUUAGUUUUCAAUCAUUCAACUAUUCAACAUCAAUACUUUUCCUAACAAAAAAUGUCGAAUCAACAGAAGCAUCGAAUUCAAGUUCCCGAUGGAUUAAGGGAUGUACUGUUGGAGUUUUCAAUUGCUUAUCUUCUGGAACAACCUGGCGAUGUUAUCGACUAUGCGGUGACUUUUUUCACCAAAUUACAAGAAGACCGCAAAUCGACGAUGCUCACGUCGGCCGAACCAACUUCGCCGGAUGAGAGUAUAAUGUCACAUGAUGAAGAACCAUUAGUAAACCGUUACGCAUCGCGCAGAAAGUCGGUUUUUGCUGAAACAUAUGACCCAGAAAACGACGACGAAGACGAAGGUGCAAGAGCCAUAUUUCCUAAAACUGAUGAACAGCGGGCUCGAUUGUGUGAUUCGGUGAAAAAUAUACUCCUUUUCAGAUCACUGGAUAAGGAACAGAUGAACGAGGUACUUGAUGCAAUGUUUGAGAAAAUAGUCCAAGCUAAAGACUAUAUUAUCAAACAAGGGGAUGAUGGAGACAAUUUCUAUGUCAUUGAAUCUGGAACUUAUUAUGCUUACGUGGGUGAGGAGCAGAAACAUAUACAUACAUACGAUAACAGAGGAAGUUUUGGAGAGCUGGCUCUCCUCUACAACAUGCCAAGAGCUGCCACCAUCCAAGCCGAAACUGAUGGUAAAUUGUGGGCAAUGGAUCGCCAAACUUUUCGAAGAAUUCUGUUAAAAUCAGCAUUUAGAAAACGUAAAAUGUAUGAAGCUCUUCUCGACUCAGUUCCGAUGCUUAAGACAUUGCAAAAUUAUGAGAGAAUGAAUCUGGCCGAUGCUUUGAUACCUCAAACAUAUGUUAAAGGCGAUCGAAUUAUUAAACAAGGGGAUGCCGCUGAUGGAAUGUACUUUAUAGAGGAUGGGAAAGUUUCUAUCCGUAUUCAGCAAGAUACUGGGGAAGUAGAAAUAUCAAACCUAGGAAAGGGUGGAUACUUUGGAGAACUCGCACUAGUAACACAUAGACCACGAGCAGCUUCCGCCUAUGCUGUUGACAAUGUGAAAGUAGCAUUUUUAGAUGUGGACGCCUUCGAACGUCUACUCGGACCAUGCAUGGACAUUAUGAAGCGCAACAUUGGCGAUUACGAAACGCAACUAGUGAAAAUCUUCGGAAGUAAAACUAACAUAAGCGACAUACGAUAAAACAGAAAAUAUUUAGUCUGCAAAAUCGACAGUUGAAUUAUAAGACAUUUGCUAAAUGAUCGAGUCAGCGACGAUGAUAACUGUACAGAACUUUACUUAUCUAGAAACGCUUUUUUCAAAAGCGUUUUUCUCCAAUUGAGUUUAUGUAUGACUUAUCAGUAAAAGGUCAUGCAUUGUUCGGAAAUGACACAAACCAAAAACGAUAAUUAUCAGUUAGUCGUUUGCAUUUUUAAACUGCGAAAAAUUAUUUAGUGAGAGUAAUUCGAUGAGGUAUUUUGGAAUACUAACUUCAUAUAAGAUGGUUGCAAAAGUAGUUGUAGAAUCUGAAUGUUCUGCUAUAUGGCGCAUGGCAUUUCAUUAAGGAUGAAACAAAAAUAGUCAUAUAAUCGCGCACAGGUAAACUGUUAUAGGAAUCGAUAUUCUCAUUACCUGCAAAAUAGAUUAAGGAACGAAUGCUGCUGAACACUGUAACUGUAUGCGUCUGGUCUGGUCAAAUAAUGAAUGAUACGCCAAGAAGAUGAAUUUGACAACUAACUGAAAUCAAAAUGUUUGACAUUCGCUGGAAAAAAUCGUUUCCGAUAACGUAUGCAUAAUCAGAGGCAAGAUAUCUAAUAUAUAAAACUGAGAAAUAUAUGCAAAGUUGGGGAUUUCUAAAGAACCAAUAUGGAAUAAACACAAGCUAGCCAUUGACUGCGAUAUAAGCUAGCGAAAAAGAUAUAGAUGAAAUGGAACUUCAUGAACAUACAUACUUAUAAGUAUCUCCGAUAAAUACUACGCUGGAUGUAUCGACAUCUUUAGCAUGGGCAUGUAUCACAAUUGUAUGUAUGUCUGUAUGUAUGUGAAACCUUCAUAAUCUUUGAGAAUGGCGUUAGAGAAAUAGCUUAUUUUAAAGCUCGAACAAUUUACAUCAAUAUAAUUUUAUUAACAGUGGCGUGCUUCGUUCAUCCGUAGUAUGCGACAUUCCCAUUGCUUUUCCAGUAUUGUGUUUAUUGCCUCUUUUUUGUUUUAUGCGAAAACAUACUAACAAAUCUGGUAUGUUCUACUAGCGCUCUAUAUAAAUAUAUAUAUAUAUA